AACUACUUAAAAAUAAGCUUACAAUAAAUAAUACCUACUAAUGAAAUAAUUACAAAAUAUUAAAAGAAAAUAGAACCCAAUUAUAUGAAUAAAUAAAUCCGGGCAUUAUAAAAGAUAAGGGUAGUCAAUAAAACCCUAGUAACGAAAUACCCACAUCUUAAGGGAAAAUAAGCACGAGUUCCCUAUAUAAACAUGGAAAGGAAGCAGGACGCCACACAGCGACGUCAUACACUUACAAUACUACCAAGAGAGGAAAAUGGAACCCUGCAUCAGGAGGAAAACCAGGCCUCGACUCCCGGGAACGGGGAUUCGGAGACCUCCCGUCCCCGUGCGACGGCAAUACCAGGGCCACCAAGUGAUUGGUGGAACCCCGGGCGACAUCAUCAUCGGCAGCAACAGGGCGCUGUGGCAUCGUGCGGAGGCACUAGGCCAUCAGGACCACGGGGCUGACCAGGAACGACCGUCCCACCAAGACUCGAGCGGGGAAGCCGCUCACCAGACACCCCCGACUCCCCACAUCGAGGAAAUAAUCGAAGGGGAACUUGGCCGAGCACAAUCACCCAGGGAUGUGCAAGCGGACACCCCACAUGUGAUGGACAUCGAUGGGUACCAAACCGAAUACGCGGCCUAUGUACAGGACAUAUUGGGAGAAGAGCAGCAGGGGACACCAACUCAGCCAGAAGCGACCAUCCCUGUCGACGGACAUCACUCCGACGGAAGAAGGAAGAGGAGAAGGACAGGGCGGAAAAGGAACGGCGGUGCAAGGAAAAAAUCUCCUCGUCGGGGGAGGCACUGUGACGACCCGGCAUCGUCACAACGGACGGCAUCCGGAGCGGUGUAGCGCGACGCGCGACGAGCGGCCUACUCCGGCUACACACCCCACCGUGCCCCGCCGACACCGCGCGCCUAUAUAACCGCGCGCAGCGCGGACCGGCCAGGCAGUCGGUGUGCUGAGCCCGAGCAAGGCACAACGGCUGCUCCGCUUGGUGUGGCGGCGUGGAAGCCCGCGUUCGCCCCAAGUGUCCCUAGGUAUAAGUCUCCCAGCCGCGUGGCGCCCCGCGUAGUUAGCCAGGAGACUUCCCCCCUCCUUCCCCCGUAGUAUAACCUCUCCCGGCCGCGUGGAAGCCCGCGUAGUCAGCCAGGGUGGUCAUCCCCAGCACCGUUCCCCCGUAGUAUAACCUCUCCCGGCCGCGUGGAAGCCCGCGUAGUCAGCCAGGGUGGUCAUCCCCAGCACCGUUCCCCCGUAGUAUAACCUCUCCCGGCCGCGUGGAAGCCCGCGUAGUCAGCCAGGGUGGUCAUCCCCAGCACCGUUCCCCCGUAGUAUAACCUCUCCCGGCCGCGUGGAAGCCCGCGUAGUCAGCCAGGGUGGUUAUCCCCAGUACCGUUCCCACCGUAGACCUAUCCCGGCCGCGUGGAAGCCCGCGUAGCUAGCCAGGACGGUUUAUUCCCGACCUUGUUCCCCGGGGAACGUUCCGUUAUCCACUAUUUCCAGGGCACGCUGCCAAACCUCGGGUUAUCACAUAUACGUAUCAUAUUCAUAUAUAUAGUUGGAUAUAGCUCGCUCCCGUCUGGAGCGAAACCAGUGUAAUUAGACCUAAGAGUUCUUUAUAAAUAAAAGGCGCGUAAGACGCCAGUUUGUUACUUUUAA